CUCUGUAAACGCAAGUGAAGAAUCCGCUGAGAUAGUCGUCUCUCCUGAUAAUCAUCGCACUGAAGAAAAUAUCCCUCGAAAUCAAAACCAACCAGACCGUGUUGGAUCAAGAUCAGGUGUGCUCCCUUCAAAUGAAAGCAAUGGUUCAUCUGAACCGCUGCGUUUUCCAGUCCAAAUACAAGAAACACAUGGUGCUGAUGGAGGGAAUACAUCUCUUUCGUCAGCCAUAUCUUCAGUCCAUAAUGCAUAUAAACAACUAUUGCUAGCCGUUGCCAAUAGUUUGCUCACCGGUGAUGUCAUUAAGCUAAAAGAUUGGGCUCAUGAACAGUUUUCAGUCGCAACGAAUCUUACUUCAACCGAAAUCAUUCUUCAAUUGGACCGAAAAGGUGUUAUCAACAUAUCGAAUACAAGCGUGCUUCGCGAAUUCCUCAAGUUAAUUCUGAGAAUUGAUUUAGUUCACCUCAUCGAUGAAUACAACAGCGGAAACUAUGUUAAUUUGAGAAGGUAUGUUGUUAAAAUUAAGGAAAAGAGCGUGAGCAGCACACGGGAAGUAAAUCGGGCGUACGCAUCUCGUAGAAUUCCGUCUCAACGAGAGAUAUCUGAACAAAACCUUCCCCCUGUUCGUACAGACACUAUGGUCAUGCCUCCUGUCAGUAAUCAACUUGACAUAGCCAAUGUUCAUCAUCAGAAGCCCAGCACAGCGGUCUCAAGACGCAAUAGAUUGUGCGCGCAUGAAGAUGUCCCUAAUGGCCGUGCAAGAGAUACAGCAAGAGGUAGCGAAAGUAGAUCAAGAGAAGCAAGCAAUGGGAUUACAGAGAAUUCAAGACAUCAAGAGCACCGAACACGUGCUCGUGACCAAAACGCACGUUUUAAUUUUCCUUCCACAUCAAAUAAUCCAAAUGGUCGGUCUGAGAGAUCAAACAAUGUGAAGAAACAAGCAAAUAGAUUGUUGUGUAAUCACUACAAAAGACGUUGCAUGGUGAAAUUUGAAUGUUGUGAUAAAUACUGGGCUUGUCAUCGUUGCCACAACGAGACGAGCACGUGCCAGCAAAAGAAACUGAAAUCACGUGAUACGACGAUGGUAAAAUGCAUGGAAUGCGGUAAAGAGCAACAGUUCGGUCAAUUUUGUGUUUCGUGUAACACUCAAUUCGCUGAUUUUUACUGUGGUCUUUGCAAACAUCUUACUGGAAGAGAUGAUCAUCCCUAUCAUUGCGAGAAAUGUGGAAUUUGCCGAAUCCAUGGAGAUCGUUCAUUUCAUUGCGACGUCUGUGGUGUUUGUCUUGAUGUUCAGCUCAGAGGAAAUCAUAAAUGUCGUCCAGAUUCCGCUCAUGACAACUGUGGUAUCUGUCUAGAGGAUGCGUUUACGGGAUGUCAAAUUUUGCCAUGUUCCCACAAAGUUCAUAAAGAAUGCUCCAAGUUAAUGAUUCAAAACGGAAUGACUCGUUGCCCAAUAUGUCGAGAAAGUUUUGCACACAAACUUCAAAGAAAACCAGUUAGAAAACAAACAACAAAAACAAGGUGAUUUAAGUCAGUAAAUCACUCUGCUCUCUUGGAAUUAUGGGGUGAACUGAAGAUUUUUAGACUGAUUGGGACAUGCAGUGAUAUCAUUACGAUAGCGUAAUUAUCGUAUUUUUACGUCACUGAACCAUUAUCAGAUUCCCGAGAAGGCAGAAAUUUGUGGCAAACUCGUUAUCAACCACAUGAUGCAGGCGUGAGCAAGUAAAUAAAUUAAGAUUUUGGAUGGAAUUUAACAUGCACGCGCAUGGCACGUUGAUUGGGUGGAUUCAUUCAGAGAUCGACGAGAACAUACAUUUUCGGGAAGCAAUGAAGAGCAAGUGAAGAAGCUAUCAAUAUAAUCGUAAUUUUUGGGUCUUUUUUAAUUUUUCGCAUAACAUGCAGUAUAUUAGCGAUUUAAAAAUUUUCAAACUAGGGCAUGAAGAAAUAAGUCUCCUUUAAUUAAUAUGAGAGUAUAAUGAAGAUGGAAGCUUUCGAUCAUUCUCAUUUACUUUCCAUGGUAGAUAGAUAGAUAUCAGAUGGUAUAUUAAUUUUCACUAAAACAUUGCAGCUUUAGGCUGAAUUACGUUUAGUUUAAUAAACUGCUGCCAUCUGUUAAUAGCUCCUCAGUGAAUUUGAGAAGUAGGCGUAAAUUUGACAUACCUAAAGUUAAGACGAACCGUUUUAAAACCAGUUUUAUAAUUAGCAGCUAAAUCUUUCAAAGCAUAUCAGUAAUUAAUUUUUUCUCUACUCAUCUACAUGCAUGCAUUUA